GCUUUUCUUUCCCAUAUUAAUUGUGUUAUCGUGACGUUACGCAGAGUCCCCCAUGUAACGCAGCGUUACGCAAGCCGCAGCGUUACCGCCACAUUGUGUGCUGCAGACUUCAACUUGUGCACGGGGCUUCUUCGUCCCUGGCCGUCCGAUAAUCAAUGGAGUGCGUCGUGUGCCUGGAGCCCUUCGACGAGGGCCGCCACCGCCCCAAGGCGCUGCCGUGCGGCCACUCGCUGUGCGCGGAAUGCGUGGGCAAGCCCGAGCUGGGGCGGAGGUGCCCGGAGGACCGGAAGGCAUUCUUUGGUUUAGCUCACAACCUGCCGGACAACAUCACCGUGCUGAGAAUGCUGACAGGAGCUUCAAGGAGCCGCUCUGCAACCGCCACGGAGGCCUCGCUGUUGAAGUCCGGCAAGAAGAUUCUGGAGCACCUGGACGACGGCCUGCUCGAGUUCACCUCUCAUGCAGAGGAAUGGCGAAGGCUGUGUGACAGGGUCCAGGAGGCCCUGCAGCCUGAGGCUGCCUCGAAGUGGGGCACACCGCGCAGGGAGAAGCUCUCCGACGCCGCGCUGCUCAUGCAGGAUGCCGACCGCCUGCUGUCGGCCGUGGCAAGCUGCAGCGUGACCGUCCAGGGCCGCGACGGAGCGACGCGGAGUGCGGAGCUGCGGCGUCAAGAGUACGUCAGCCUCCUGCUGCGGCUUCAAGACAGCGGCCGGCUGCUCCCUGCAGCUCAGGCCCAGCCUCCGGGACAGACACAGGCCGAGCCGCAGGUGCAGCAGCAGGAGGAGACAGGUGCUGAUCCCCAGGAGCAGGAGCAGAAUAGGCCGGAGGCCAAGCUGCCGUGCGAGGAAUCCGACCCAGCCCCCGGCACCUUCACUCCAGCGCAGUGCCUGGACUUGAAGGGCAAGGAUGGGGACGAGAUCGCGAGGCGAAGACCCCUGCUGCAGGUCCUCAAGCUGACCGGCCUGGACUGCCGCUUCGACAGGGAGAGCAACUCGCUGCUGUGCGUCGUGGCCCGUCGGCUGCGGGAGCUCCAGCUGGAGUGCGCUGGUGUGCGCCACAUGCUGCUGCUCAGGGACGUGGAGGAACUGCGGAAGCUCGACGUGUCCUGCGUGGUGGACGACCUCUUCCCCGCCCUGCCGGCCAGCCUGGAGGAGCUCCGCAUCCAGAACUGCACCGAGCGGCAGCUGGUGUCGACGCAGCGGAUGCCCAGACUGCGGCGGCUGCAGGUGCUGUGGUACCUGGGGCCCGGCAACGUGGACUUGCGUCCGCCGCGCGCGGGGCACUGCGGGCUGCAGUGGCUACGUGUCUGCGUGGACAAGUUCUUCGUCGCCACGCUGUUCUCGCUGCUGCGCGCGCACGCGGCCACGCUCAAGGAGGUCCGGCUCGUCGUGGCCUCCGUCCCCGGCGGCGACCUCUUCCUCGGCGACCUGGGGCGCCGGCUGGCCGACUGCGGCUUCCAGGCCCUCGAGCGCGUCGUCCUGGAGCGCGAGAUGGGCGCCAUGGCCAUAGAGCACGACGCGGCGUCCUGCUCCAGGCAGCUGGAGGAUUGCACAGUGGUUUAA